AUGGACACUGAAACAUACAACCAUUUGUUAAAAUAUGUUACUCCUUACAUUGAAAGACAAAAUACCUGUAUGAGAAAAGCCAUUUCAGCUCAGAGACUUAGUGCCACGUUAAGAUUUCUUGCCACAGGAAGAAGCUACAAAGACUUGGAAUUCACCACCAUCAUGUCCAAGCAAUCACUGUGUGAAAUUAUACCGGAAACUUGUGACGUUAUUUACAGGGUUUUAAAAAAAGACUUCCUAAAGUUUCCAAAAAGCGAACAGGAGUGGUUACAAAUAGCAGCCGACUGAAAAAAAAUGGCAAUUUCCGCAUUGUUUGGGUAGUAUUGAUGGCAAGCAUAUCAGAAUUGUUCCUCCCAAGGGAAGCGGAUCAUAUUACUUUAACUACAAAAAGACGCAUAUCAUAGUUCUUAUGGCAAUUGCUAAUGCGAACUGAAGUCUCCAGAAAAUUACACACCCCCAGAAAGUAUGGAUAGAGAAAAUAUUCCUGCAGAUUAUUCUCUUGCGUUAGCAGACAGGUGUGACCCUAAUUUAAUGCAUGACCUUCAAAGAGGAAGAAGAGGCCAAAUUUUUAAUGAUGCCAAAAUAGUUAGAGAAAAGUUCUGUGAAUAUUUUAACAAUGAGGGCUCAGUCCCAUGGCAAGAUAAUUUAGUUUUUCAAUAGGUCAUAGUUUGUAUAACAUGUUAUAAAAAGAGAAUUCUAUAAUUCUGG